AUGUCUAAUUAUCAUGUUGCUGUUAUAGCAUUUCCUUUUGCAACACAUGCUGGCCUUUUAUAUGGACUUGUUCAAAGGCUAGCAAAUACAUUACCAAAUGUGACAUUCACAUUUUUUAGCACAAAAAUUUCGAAUUCUUCAAUUUUUAAUUCACAAAAUUAUAAUUAUAGAAAUACAAAUCUUAAGCCCUAUGACGUCUCUGAUGGCGUCCCAGAGGGUCACGUGCUCGGAGGUGGUCUCGAGGAGAUUAUAGGAUUAUUCUUCAAAUCCGCGAAGAAAAAUAUUCAUAAUGCUAUAAUUUCUGCUGAGAAUGACUCAGGGAAAAAAAUUACAUGUGUUAUUGCGGAUGCGUUUAUGUGGUUUUCGAGUGAUAUGGCUGAAGAGUUUAACGUUAGUUGGAUUCCUGUAUGGACUUCCGCAGCUGGAUCACUCUCUGUUCAUGUUGAUACCGAUGUUAUAAGACAAAAUGUUGGAAUCCAAGGAAUUGAUGGACGCGAAGAUGAAAUUUUGAAUUUUAUUCCUGGAAUUUCUGAAGUAAGACUUGGUAAUUUGCCUGGUGGAAUUGUUUUUGGAGACCUAAAAUCGCCAUUUUCGAUGAUGCUUCAUAAAAUGGGAAAAACCAUAGGAAAAGGAAAAGCCAUACCAAUAAAUUCAUUUGAAGAAUUAGACCCUCAAAUGGUUCAAUAUCUCAAGUCUAAAUUCAACAAUAUUCUUAAUGUUGGUCCUUUUAAUUUAACUUCACCACCCCCCUUAGCAAAUAUUGUAGACAAAUAUGAUUGUAUUGAGUGGCUAAAUAAUCAAGAACCAAGCUCUGUGGCAUAUAUUGGAUUUGGUACUGUUGCAACACCACCACCUAAUGAGUUAAAAGCUAUGGCUCAAGCACUUGAAGAAAAAAAAAUUCCAUUUAUUUGGUCAAUUAAAGAGAAUUUUAUGUCACAUUUUCCACAAGGGUUCUUGGAAAACACAAGUGAGUAUGGUAAAGUUGUACCAUGGGUACCACAAGUACAAGUUCUUGAACAUAGUGCGAUUGGAGUUUUUAUAAAUCACUCUGGAUGGAAUUCGGUUCUGGAGAGCAUAGCUUCUGGGGUACCUAUAAUUUGUAGGCCAUUUUUUGGAGAUCAUCAUUUGAAUGCUUGGAUGGUUGAGAAAGUUUGGAAAAUUGGUGUGAAAAUUGAAGGUGGGGUUUUUACAAAAAGUGGUACAAUUGAUGCACUUGACUUAGUUUUGUCAAAAAAUAGAGUGGAAUUGAAGGAACAAAUUGGAAUGUACAAAGAACUUGCUCUAAGGGCUGUUGGAACAAGUGGGAGUUCAACUCAAAAUUUCAACAAGUUGGUUGAGAUUAUCAAUUCUUGUUAGUGAAAU